UUGCGUAGGGGGCUUUGGGGAACUCGGGGUUUGUGGUUUUGAAACUUCUGGCGGGGCAACCGCGCCGCAGUUAGGCUGGGAGGUGGGAACCAAAGUGACGCCCUUCCCGGAGCCCCUCUGCCAAGCUCUGCUGCAGCGGGACCCGAGGCUGAGCCGGCGCACGUGGGAGCGCCGCUGAGGAAGCCGCGAGCCGCGGCGCAGGUGUGGGCUGCUGGCCCUGCCACGCGGGCGUGAGGGAAGUCCCGGACGUGCGAGUUCCGCUUCUCAGCGGCACCCAUCACUGACUUCUGUGUCGCUGCCCGUGCGCCUCUCCCUAGCGAUGCUGUGGAGCCGGAACUUCACUGGAGUCGGCUGCUGCUUGUCAAGCCUCCGCUCGUCUCUGCUCCCGGAACGGCAGCGCCGCAGCUGCUGCUGAUCCACCUGGGGGAUGCCCGCGGGCCUCACGGAACCGGCCGGCGCCGCUCCCCACGCCGGCGUGAGCGCCUCCGGGACCUUGACUAUGGCCCCUGCCGGGGCUCUGCCGGUCCGGGUGGAGAGCACUCCGCUGGCGCUGGGCGCUGUGACUAAGGCUCCUGUCAGUGUCAGCGUGGAGUCCACGGUGUCCCAGCCCCUGCGGUCCCCCAUGGGCACCCUGGUGACUAAAGUGGCUCCUGUCAGUGCUCUUCCUAAACUCAGCAGCGGCCCUGGUCUAGCUGCUCCUCAGAUAGUCGCCGUGAAAGCCCCCAACACCACAACAGUUCAGCUGCCUGCUAAUUUGCAGCUUCCUCCAGGAACGGUUUUGAUCAAGAGUAACAGUGGUCAUUUGAUGUUGGUAUCUCCUCAGCAAGCUGUACCAAGAGGUGAGACCACCAGGAACAUAAUUUCAAGGCCAACUGUACCAACGAAUACUCAGACAGUCAAAAUCUGUACAAUGCCGAAUUCUAAUUCACAAUUAAGCAAGAGCAUGGCAGUGGCACCUGGUAAAAAAUUGGCACAAGUAGGAACUACUAUGGUAACCACUGUUCCGAAGCCUUCCUCAGUACAACCUGUGGCUGUGCCAACCAAUGUUGUCACAGUUACUUCUGUGAAGCCGUUGAAUACUGUAACUACCCUGAAGCCUUCAAGUUUGGGAGCACCACCCGCCCCCGCAGAUGAGCCCAAUCUCAAAGCAGAGAACUCAGUAACUUCUCAGACUAAUCUUUCUCCGAUGAUGCUAGAAAAUGUGAAGAAAUGUAAGAACUUCCUUGCAAUGUUAAUAAAACUAGCAUGUAGUGGAUCACAGUCCCCAGAAAUGGGGCAGAAUGUGAAGAAACUGGUGGAACAACUUUUGGAUGCAAAAAUCGAAGCAGAAGAAUUUACUAGACAACUGUAUGUUGAACUCAAGUCUUCACCACAGCCUCACCUAGUUCCUUUUCUUAAGAAAAGUGUGAGUGCCUUACGACAACUCAUGCCUAACUCCCAGAGUUUUAUUCAGCAGUGUGUUCAGCAGACUUCUAGCGAAGUAGUCAUUACUACUACCUGUACCACACCAGUAACAACUUCUGUGGUGACACCCACAGUUUCCUCAGUCCAGUCUGAAAAGCCCAUCCUUGUUUCCGGAGCAACAACACCCAGACCUGUGUCAGUGCAAACUCUGAAUCCGCUUGCUGGUCCAGGGGGAGCAAAAACUGGAGUUGUGACACUUCAUUCUGUGGGUCCUGCCGCUGUACCAGGAGGAACAACAACUGGAACUGUUUUGCUUCAGACUCCAAAACCGCUUGUGUCAUCCAUACAAAAUACAGUUACAGCAGUCUCACUUCAACCUGAAAAACCAGUUGUCUCUGGGGCAGCAGUGACACUGGCCCUUCCAUCGGUAACUUUUGGAGAAACUUCAGCAGCAGCUAUUUGUGUUCCGUCUGUGAAACCUGUUGUUACUUCUGCUGGGACCACAUCUGAUAAGCCUGUCAUUGGCACUCCAGUCCAAAUCAAACUUACACAGCCGGGCCCCAUUCUUUCACAACCAGCUGGUAUUCCACAGGCAGUUAAAGUCAAACAACUAGUAGUCCAGAAGCCUUCAGGAGGCAUUGGAAAACAAGUGACUACGCUGUCUCAUUCCUCAGCGCUGACCAUUCAGAAAUCUGGACAGAAGAUACCAGUGAGCACUGCAAUACCUACCAGUCAGUUUCCUCCAGCUUCCAUUCUCAAGCAGAUUACGCUGCCAGGAAAUAAAAUUCUGUCACUUCAAGGAUCUCCUAUUCAGAAAAAUAAACUAAAAGAGAAUGGAACAACAUCUUUCAGAGAUGAAGAUGACAUCAAUGAUGUGACUUCCAUGGCAGGGGUCAGCCUUAAAGAAGAAAAUGCCUGCAUCUUAGCAACAAACUCUGAAUUGGUUGGCACACUUGUUCAGUCAUGUAAAGAUGAACCAUUUCUUCUCAUUGGAGCUCUACAAAAGAGAAUUUUAGACAUUGGUAAAAAGCAUGACAUUACGGAACUUAACUCUGAUGCAGUGAACUUGAUCUCCCAUGCAACACAGGAGCGAUUACGAGGCCUUCUAGAAAAACUGACAACAAUUGCUCAGCAUCGAAUGACGACUUACAAGACAAGUGAAAAUUACAUCCUGUCUAGUGAUACCAGGUCACAGCUCAAAUUUCUUGAAAAGCUGGAUCAAUUGGAGAAGCAAAGAAAGGAUUUAGAAGAAAGAGAAAUGUUACUUAAGGCAGCCAAGAGUCGUUCCAAUAAAGAAGAUCCAGAACAGCUGAGAUUAAAGCAGAAAGCCAAAGAGUUACAACAGUUGGAGCUCGCACAGAUACAACACAGAGAUGCUAACAUCACAGCUCUUGCAGCUAUUGGACCAAGGAAGAAGAGACCACUAGAAUCUGGGCCUGGAAAUGAGGGCUUAAAAGACAACCUUCUUGCUUCUGGAACAUCCAGCCUGACAGCCACCAAGCAGUUGCUUCGUCCAAGAAUCACGAGAAUCUGCCUCAGGGACUUGAUAUUCUGUAUGGAACAGGAAAGGGACAUGAAGUAUUCUCGAGCCCUGUACCUUGCCCUUCUGAAGUGACCACUCCACUUUCCAUCCAGAUCCUUGCUGUUUACUGCCAAAGAAGACAUAAAGAGUAUUGUUGCACUGUCCUGCAAUUUCAGUUUCUGGAAAAUAAUUAUUGCUAGGGAAGACCAUUGUUUACAGUUAUAUACUGUUAUUAAAUCUUACUUAUACAUCCCAUGGGGUUCUUAAUGACCAGAAUUCGGCUUUGCCUUCUGAAAAUUGGUUAUGAAAUACAGUUUACACAGAAGUAGGCAUCUGCCUACCUGUGCGCUUAAUCACAGCAAGUUAAGGCCCUGUUUGUUACUGCCUGCUUCAUUUGCCACACUGUUAACAGGUGAAGUGUCUUUCCCUAAUGCAGCCUGCAUUGAGAUGUAGGGGAAAGAGAGGGUCACUGCUUACCAAAGAAAUUGUAUUUCAUCGUGUACUGAACCUAUCUCAAAGUGUUAGGUUUUCUGGGCUGGAAUCAAGUUGCUUAGUGAAUUAUGACAGUCACCUUCUGUAGUUGAAGGUGACAAGCCACAGAGUAAGGCCUGUGGUAACUUUGGUCGGCCGAGUCCCAGUAUUGUCAAAACUGAGACAAAUGGGGAUACUUUGUGCCUGAGAUUGCUAUUCUCUGGUUCAUAUCACCACCAUAUGCUGCUUUUGAUACCAAGUGAGGGGACAUCCUUGUCAGAGAGACCUUAAAAUUGAAGCUGCUAAUAUACCUCAUUGAAAAAUGAAAAAGGUGGAAAUUAUUGGAAGGAGUGAUGGGACAUUGUGUUCAAACUGAUGAGGGGAAAAUGAAAAUGGAAUCAUAAAACAGGAAAUGCGCUGUGUAUGCCUAAGGGAGGCAGUGGUGGAAUCGGAACUCCAAAGCAACUGUACAUGUUUUGUUGACAAAAAAAUCACAGCCCAACCAAAAAGGAAAAUGUUAUCAAACAUUUUCAAAUUACAGUAUUUCAGAACAAAGUUAUUUUUUGUUUUUGUUUUUUUGUAUUGUUUUAAAACACAAGGACAGUUUUGUAAAAUCUUUUAGUUACCCUAAGUUUUAAACAUCUUGUUGCGUUUAAAAAAAUCCUAAGUGAUGAUUUUAAAAAUAAGGACUCCAAAAGGAUUCUAUACUCAAAAGUAAUGUCAGCAUCUCACUCUUGGAGAUCUUGUCUCUAAAUAUAUUAUGAGAAGCAUGUUAUAUAUAUUCAUCUGAGAAGGAAGCUGAUAUUUUGCAAACCAAACUUUUUUUUUAAAUUCCACCUGUGUGGCAUGUAGCUGGUGACAAAUAAUAGCCGUAGUUACAAUCACAUACAGAAUAAAUCCUCCAAGAAGGUUUUAAAAAAUUGGAAAGCUGUGCUUCUUAGAAAAAGAAUUCAGGGGGGAAAAAAACACCUCAAGUAUGUUACUCUUCAUCCUGUUCUUCCCGUUGGGACUGUUAUGGCCACAUUCUAUACUCUAGUAAGUUUUAAAUUGGCCACAUUUUUGUUUCAGCAAGUUAUUAUGUAAAAUGCUAUAAAUUAUGUAUGUGUUAAAAGAGUACUUUACGAAGAGAUCUAUACCUAAAGUUGCUUUUGUAUAUUUAAAUGCUUAGCUUUAUUUUUUGUAAAGUACAGCAUACUCCCAUAUUUGUGUAUAAUCUUAUUGAUCAGGUGUUUAAAAUGAUUUAAAAUACUUCAUUAAAAUAAUUAUUUUAUUAUAAG